UGCUGUCUCCGAGGCGUCUUUCCCACCAGAGAGGAAUCCGGUUUGGCGAGUGGUGGGAAGAGGGGGCGGGAAGAAAAGAAAGAGGCAGGAGGCUGUCUCUUUUAAAAGCUGUUGCUCUUGGAAUCUGCAAGCUGUCAGCCUUGUAAUGUGAUCAGAUGUGACCAGAGGAGAUACCUCUGCAGCCUCUCAAUCCGUAAGAUCCACAUUCGUUCCACACCGCGAAAGAAGGGGAGAGAAAAAAAAAAGAAUCCAGCAAUCUGCCUUGCCAUACACCAAAAAGAUGCUGGAAAACUGGAUAGUGACCAUUCUUGUGUCUGUCGGCGUGGGCUCGGUGCUUUUUAUGGUGGCGCUGUUCGUGCUGCUCCGAAACAACGCCCACGCGAACAUCUUUUGGAACGAACUCGUCCUAGAGAAAAUCACCAACUUCGUCAUGGACCAGAGCAAAGAGCAGCGCAUCUUGAACUCGGUGUCGUACAACGCCAUCAAAGGGGAUGCGGAGAGCGUCCUCGAUUGCAUCGACAAGUACUGCUCCCAGAAGGAGUGGGCCAUGAAUGUAGGCGAUGAGAAAGGUUUAAUCCUGGACAAGAUUGUAAAAGAGGCAGACCCAACCGUCGCUCUGGAGCUGGGAACGUACUGCGGCUAUUCGGCCGUAAGGAUCGCUCGGCUCUUGAAACCGAGCGCCCACCUGUUUUCCAUUGAAUUCAACGCGGAAUUUGUACCCAUCGCAAAAGAAAUUAUUGAGAUUGCGGGACUCGAGGAUAAGGUGACCAUCCUUGAAGGCCACGCGCAGGACAUUAUCCCUCAGCUGAAGACCAAAUACAACGUGGAUACAUUAGACUUUGUAUUUCUGGACCACUGGAAAGACAGAUAUGCCCCGGACACUAUCCUUCUUGAACAACACGGCCUCUUGCGGAAGGGCUCCAUUCUCCUGGCGGACAACAUCGGCUUCCCGGGGGCUCCGGACUUCCUCAAGCACGUCCGUAACAACGAGCACUACGAGUGCACCCAUUACCCCUCUCACCUGGAGUACAUGAAAGCGCCCGACGCCAUGGAAAAGGCUGUGUACCUGGGAUAGAGAGAAAGAGCGUUUUAGCUAGCAUCCUGCUUCCCUAUGUUACAUGUGAGCACACAGAGAUUAAUCCCGUCUGUGCUGGAACCAUAGUUUUCUCUAAUUUGAGGCCGCUGGUAUAAAAGAGGUUCUCUAGGAAAUGGUGUAAACAAGAAAACUUGGUUUUAGAGACUACACUUAUGCAUAAAUAGACUACCCAGCAGAGGCCUAGGCCCCUGAUAUUUGGGUUUUUUAACCCUUCUGUUGUGUUUGUGACCCCUUUCCUUGCAAUUUGUCCCCUUGCUGGACUGUCUCUUUGUACAAAAAAACUGUAGACAACCGAUUCUAAAGCCUAGGGGUUAAGCAGGCUUUUCUGUUUCACCACCCAAGCCGACCAAAUUGCCUUUCUGAGCGUUUAGCAUUGGGUCGCAGCCAGAGCCAUUGUGCCUCUUCCAAGGGAUCGCUUUGGCAAAAGAUGUAGCAAGGUUUCUACCCCAAACCUAGUUGCCUUCCUUCAGAGCUGUCCUAGAACAGAGAGGCCCAACCCUGGAUGCCUGGGAAAACACAGUGCACCCCUUGCUCCAGACCCCAUCAUGACCGGUUGGGCAGCAGCUAUGCGUUAAGGCACACAUGAGCUGCACAGGGCAAUGGUGGAAGCCGUCCUUUGCGUGUGAAUACGUAGUAGCCCUGCACACAGAAUUCAGAGAAAGUGCCCAUUCCCAACAGAAUUGGCCUGAUUUGACUGGAUUUGUGGGAGAUGCAGAUAUACAGUGGUGCCCCGCAUAGCGAGGUUAAUCCGUUCCGGAUUAACCUUCGUUAUGGGGAAACAUCGUUAA